CCUUUCUAUUCUCCUAUGCAGUACUACCAUCACAAGUUUGGCGUAGACUUCCGAUCUCUGAGGUUACCAGGGGUCAUCUCUGGCGACACAGCUCCAGGGGGUGGUACUACAGAUUACGCAGUCUCCAUAUUUGACCACGCCCUUCAGUCCGGCCACUUUGACUGCUACCUGCGAUCAGACACCAUGCUCCCCAUGAUCUACAUCAAGGACUGCCUCCGGGCCAUCGUCGAGAUGCUGGAAGCUCCGGAGGAGUUGCUAGGGUUACGAACGUACAACAUCAACGCCGUCAGCUUUAACCCGGAGGAGAUUGCCAAGGCCAUCAAGAAGUACGUCCCGGAGUUCACCGUCGACUAUCAGCCAGACGAAAGACAGAGUAUCGCGGACUCUUGGCCCAAGCGUCUUGACGACUCCCAGGCCAGAGAGGACUGGAACUGGAACCACAAAUACGACAUGGACGCUCUGGUCCAGGUCAUGUUGGAGGUCGUCGGCAAACGCCUCGGACUUUCGACAUCGACAUCGACAUCGACAACCAAGGCCUCUGGGGUGCAGUGAUUUGAAAAGAAAUAUUCAUUUUCUUCUCUGAUGCAAGGUAUUCUGUACAUAUAGUUUUUCAGGAAGUUUGCAGAAAUUGUAACGACUUUUUAUUCUCGGUAAUGAAGCGCCUGGGCCUUGCCACCAUUUUUGCGAUGCUGUUACCCAUGGCAACAGAAAUCGAAUCGGCAUGCAGUGGUUCCAAGAGUUUCUCCUAUUGUGCUUCUGAUAUGGAAAAAUAUAUUUUCUACAUGGUAGGCAUCACAUGUGAAUCGAAAGUUAUGCAGUUAUUAAUCUUUUGUUUUUGUUACAGUAUGCGUAAAGGGUUCAUAUAAGUGCUAUUCUCGACUCGAACAGAAGAGAGCUUGCUCAGGUGUUUAACAUGUGAGGAAGGUAUUUAUUAAAAGGCAUGAGUGCACCCUCUAACUGAAUAAACAUUAUAGUCUGUCAUUUGACUAAAUCACAUAUACAGGAUACUGUAUAGUUUUAUACACACCUGUGUACAGAUAUAUAUACCAUAAAACUGGGUGAAGAGGAACAAUCGGUACAAUUGUAUUGCAUUGAAAAAAUCUCAGUAAAACUUUCUCUGGCAUUAGUGGCUUGUGUCAAGGUUUUGUGCAAAGUUAUGUGUGGUGUGUGGUAUUGUAUUAUGAUAAAGGAUUUUUAGGCAAUUAUUGAACCCCUGUUUUUGCUAGUUUCCUGCUGUGUAUACAAUGUUGAGAGAUUCAGCACACAAACGGAUUGGAAUUGGAAUAUGUUUACAAUGUAUGAUCUUUUACGAUGAUUGAUAUUUAGAUGCACGUAACACAGGUGUAUGUGUGUAAAUGACUAUUUGCAUAUAUAAGCAGCUUGAAAUUUAUAAUGAGUAUUUUAUCCAAUCAAUCAUGACUUUUUAAUACAGAGGUAGCUGUAAGAAUAUUUCAGAGGAUUAUGAUACAAAGAAUGGAUGAUUGUUUUGUUUUUCUUUAUUAUUGAUAUUAUUAGCAUUGUAUACAUUUUUGCAACCAUGUGGGAACAUGUAUACCUACAGCUAACAACUAAAUUACAUCAUUACCGUACCAAGUUUUGCAAUUUCUUACCUUUGCGAAAAAUUCAUUUGUCCCAAUUUCUGUUUUUAGAUAACGAGACAUUGUAAAGCUUACAUCUAGCAGUAUUCAACAAAGGCCCUAAUUCAACCAAUCCAUCUUUCAUUAUUGAGUUACAAAAAACAUAAAAAGGUCAUAUGUCUAAAAUGGUAUUUGUACGCUUUUGCUCUACAGUAUUCCAACUUUUAUGGCCUUCUAUUUGGUACCUUCAUUUAUGCCACCGAUUUCUUUAUGAACUUCAGACACUGUUUACAUCUUACAUGUAUGUUCAUAGGUCUUUAAUAAUUCAUGUUUUUGUUUUCAGGUAUUUUUGUUUGUUGUUAAAAAUAGUGUGAUAUUUGCAAUAUAUCCUGGCAAGAAUUGUUUUAACAUUUAGUUUGUACUGUCAAAGGUGAUUCUUGAUUUAUUGUUUCACAGAAUAUUUUUGCUAAAAACAAAAUUAGCAGAAGUUGAGGAAUGAAAAAUAUAAUAAGUAGCAAUCACAGUAAUUACAAUUUUUUUUU